CGCUUUUUAGAAAAGGUGCUUUGGGUUGCAGCUAGUUCCUGUUUGGGGAAGGCUUUGGCUACAGAUUGGAAUAAUGUUAGUGAGCACAAGAAUUAAAGAAAAUCCAGCAAAUGUUCGACCAUCAGAAAAAACAUUUGUCUUUAAGUUCAAGAUAGGACAACAGUCAUGUGUGCUGACUGCACCCAUCCAGAUCCCUAUGCAAGGAAGUAUCACUGAUUUACAUGGCCGUCUAAUGUUCUUACAUAAUCUUCCUUAUUGUGUUGACAAUGACUUAAAAAACUCUCUUCAUCAAUUUGUUAAUGAAGAAACUAAGAAGGCCUACGAUAAAGAAGCAGAAGCUGCUUUAGAGAAACUAAAAUCCAGUGACAUGCAUACUGAGCAACUUGUUAAUACUUGGGCUAAAGCUUAUCAUGAGACAACAUUAGAAUAUGCUAGGCUGGAAGAGCCUAGUUGGGAUGAAGAUUUUGCAGAUGUUUACCAUGAUUUGAUCCAUUCUCCCGCCUCUGAAACUUUAUUGAAUUUGGAACAUAAUUAUUUUGUCAGAGUCUCGGAACUUAUUAGUGAAAGAGACAUGGAAUUGAAGAAGCUGCAGGAAAGGCAGUCUGUGGAAAUGGAUAAAGUGAUGCAAGAACUAGGGAAAAGCCUUACCGAUCAAGAUGUAAACUCCGUUGCUGCUCAGCAUUUUGAAUCCCAACAGGUGUUGGAGAACAAAUGGGCCCAUGAGCUGAAACAAUUAAUGACUAUUCAAAAACAAGAAUAUCAAGAAUGGGUAAUAAAACUACAUCAGGACAUGCAAAAUCCUAACAACAGCACAGUCAGCGAGGAAAUCAAAGUAACACAAAGUCAGUCCACUGUAGCAAAUGAACGAAUGAUUGAAGAACGACCUCUGUUGGAAGAAAGCUUUACAAUACACCUAGGGGCCCAGUUGAAAACUAUGCACAACUUACGGCUAAUGCGAGCUGAUGUUCUUGAUUUCUGUAAACAUAAGCGCGAUCAACAAAGUGGAGUUAAACUUCAGAGAUUACAAACUGCACUGUCGCUGUACUCAACCUCUCUCUGUGGGCUGGUCUUAUUAGUUGAUAACCGUAUCAAUUCCUAUAGUGGCAUCAAACGAGAUUUUGCAACGGUUUGCCAAGAGUGUACGGAUUUCCAUUUUCCUAGAGUAGAACAACAACUUGAAAUUGUCCAGCAAGUUGUACUUUAUGCAAGUGCUCAGCGUAACAAGAAGACAAAGGAAAGAGCUGAGCUACCAAAUGGAAAUGGAGGAAGUGAAGAUAAAUUAAAGGUUGGAGAAAGAAAUCCAUCAAAUAUUUUGCCAGGAGAAUUCUAUACUACAAGACAUUCUAAUCUUUCUGAGGUACAUGUUGUCUUUCACUUGUGUGUGGAUGACAAUGUGAGAUCAAGCAAUAUUACGGCACGUGAUCCUGCAAUUAUGGGCUUGCGGAACAUUCUGAAAGUCUGCUGCACUCAUGACGUUACUACAAUAACUAUCCCACUCUUAUUGGUGCAUGAUAUGUCUGAGGAGAUGACUAUACCUUGGUGCCUGAAAAGAGCAGAGCUAGUCUUUAAAUGUAUAAAAGGUUUUAUGAUGGAAAUGGCAUCCUGGGAUGGGGGAACAUCUCGCACAGUUCAGUUCCUUGUGCCACAGAGUAUUUCAGAGGAAAUGUUCUACCAGUUGAGCAAUAUGCUACCUCAGAUUUUUAGAGUUUCAUCUACCUUGACCCUGACCUCCAGACGAUGAGCAAACACAAUUAUCCAGGGAACAGUGAGUGAGUGAAAGAUGGCAAAUCUAUCCCACCAUUUGCUAUAAGCUGGUGCCGCUAAGAAGUGACGACAAGACUGAAUGAUUAAUGUAGCAACCGUCAAAAAACCGAAGAAGAAAAAGGGACACCUCAUCAAAUCCUAUGGACUAGUGCAAAUGAGCUAUGUUUCGCCAGUAUUUUUCCCUCCUCCUGUAACAUCUGUUUGUUUGACCAUUUUUGUCUGCAUGUAUGUAUAGGCUUUAAGAAGGGGAUAGAGCUUUACCCAGCAAAGUUUUAGAAGAUAAUUCAUAUUUUGUUUUCCAGUGUUUAGAACUGAUUUCUCUAUAAUAACUAGUUGUUUCUUGUUUAAAGAAACCUGGUCACUGUUUUCUAUUAACCAGAUUCCAUCAGACAGGUAUGCUGGGGCAUUUUGAGUAAUUUGAUUAAGUCUUUAAUUCUUGUAAUGAUCACAGAAUAGAGAGGUUCAAGUAUCAGCGUACUUUCUCGUGACACUACUGAGUACAAAUUGUUCGCUUUAUUUACAGCAACAAGCGCAGUACUUUGUUUUCUGCAAAACAUUAAAUGCUGUUGUAUCAAAGCAGCUCUGUACAUUGAAAUCCACCAAGCUCCUCUGAGUAAUAACUUUGAAGAAUAUUUUGUCCACACUGUUCAUCAUUUUUGUAAACUUCUUAUUAAAGAAAAGG